CUGCCUAUUUUCAGCAAAGGGCGAGAGUACUGUAAUCAUCGAUCAAUUACUCCAUUGUCUGAGUUGCGAUUACAAAGAGAGAGGCGUCUUCUCCGUUAUCAAUGGAAUCCUCAGAGAUAACUGAAGAGGAAGCGGUACCUAAUAGAUCUCAGAAAAUGGCAGGAACUGUAAACUGGGGCACUGCUACUGUAAUUGGGGUAUUUGCUGGCCUUUUUUAUGGAGGUAGCAAGGAGGCUGCUGCUUCUGUUAGCAAGGAUGCUGAGGUGAUGUUAAAGCUUGGGAGUACACCAGAUAAGCGUGAACAGUAUCGGCUCAUGAGAGAUGCUAUGGAAAAAAGAUUUAUACGAGUCACUCGGGGCUCAAUAGUUGGUGGAAUACGCCUUGGAAUGUUCACUGCUGCUUUUUAUGGAUUGCAGAAUCUGCUUGCUGAAAAGCGUGGUGUGCAUGAUGUUUAUAAUGUUGUUGGAGCUGGUUCUGCUACAGCUGCAACAUUUGGCCUAAUUAUGCCAGGAUCACUCCAAUGGCGUGCGAGAAAUGUGAUGUUGGGUUCUGCUUUGGGUGCUGCAGUUUGCUUCCCUCUUGGGUGGCUUCAUUUGAAGCUUGUAGAGAAAGCCAAUGAAGGGACAGGGACAACUGAUGGCAAUGAAGUGAAGGGUGGUGUAGGUGCUGCAAUUGAGAGACUUGAAGGGCACUUGAACAAAGGUGAUGUUAAAUCCACAUGAACCAGAAUCUGAUCUUUUCUUGACCUGUAUGAUGGGUGAUAUAACAAAAGAAGUUAAUACUGGGGGCAGCAAGAUGAAAAAAGAAAGAGGUCUGAAGUAGACAUCUAGUAUAUUGUUCCCCCUUCCCCUGCUCUGUUUCCUGUCACGGAGCUGUAAAGCUCGCUAACUUGGCCUUCAUGUUUUUCGUUCGGAGUGGAAUCCUCUAUGUAUUACAUUAUAGGAUCGUUUUGAUAGUUUGUGCGCUUCAUAGAUACAUGAAAAGAGUGUGGACCAACAUUUUGACGUUACAAAAAUAACCAAAAA